AAAUGAAUCAUCAACACAAUCUCUCUCUCUCUUUCUCUCUCUCUCUCUAUUUCUCUCUGCCUCUCUCUAUUAUAUAUAGAAUUUAGUUUGAAAUAAUGGGAAGGAAGCAAAUAAUAGAGAUAUUGCUGUUUGUAGUAAUGCUGCUGAAUUGUGUUCUCUUAGCACACAAUCAAGCCAUUAGUGAGGCUCCAACACCACAGCCACAGACUAGUGCCAAUUAUUCCAAUCCCAUGCAUGGAGUUACUGAAGGCAGCCUUCAACCUCAAGAAUGUGGGCCUAGAUGCACAGGGAGAUGUUCAAAGACAGCAUUCAAGAAGCCAUGCAUGUUCUUUUGUCAAAAGUGUUGUGCCAAAUGCUUGUGUGUUCCUUAUGGGACUUAUGGCAACAAACAAACUUGUCCUUGCUACAAUCAAUGGAAGACUAAGAGAGGAGGCCCCAAAUGCCCUUGAUUAAUUUUCAUUUUCAUCAUUUCAUUUCCCAACAACAGAAAACCAUCAUUAGUCACUUUCUAAUCUUCUUUUUGGAACGUCUCUAUUCUUUCGUUGUACUUUUAAAAAGUGAUAGUUUCAUGAAGGGUGACUUCUUAAAAGUAUAUAUUAUAUGGAAUGGUUAUUGUUGUCUUGGCCUUUGAUCA